UUGCGACUGAAACAGAAAGAUGUACCAAGUGGCUUAGUUUAUGAGCAGAAUAUAAUUCUGAUUCAUCGAACUUCUCUUCCACAUCUUGAGCAUGGUUUGUUGGCGAAGAUGUUGCGUGUGAGGUCUGUAACUUUGGCUGAUGAGAUGCGAGAAAAUUAUUACUAUGAACACAUAGGAAUGACAAGUCAUAAUGAAACAUUUAGUUUGGAACCAACAGAAGUUCCUUUUAUAAAAUACCCUGAGCAGAUUCCAACAUUUCCUCAGCCAAUAUUCAGUGCAAGUAAUGGUGGUGCCGUGUCUAGAAAAGACUUCUACCUAAUCGCUGGAUUAGUUGCUGGAGUGUUAUGUAUCAGCUUAUUCUUAUGGUGCAGUAAAUACAGGGGCAGAAAGGCUGUUUUUCAACCAGUUUUGCCAAAAUGCAUUUCCAACAGGUCUAGGUCAGGCAUCAACUUCCAUGUGAUUAUUAUAGGACUUCUAAUCAUAGGCUUACUACAAUUUUCCACUCCAUUCUUGUAUUUGAACUAUCCUUUCCCUAAAAGUGAACCACCGAGAAAAACUGGAGCAAUACCUAAAGAUAUUAGGAAUGGAAAUGUUUUUCAAAAAGGAGCACCAUUACAAAAGGGACAAGAAAAUUUGCCAAACAAGGACUCUAGUGUCAAACAAGCGUUUAACCAUAAAUGAUGAUGAAUAUAUAAAUACAAAUAC